AUGGCGUCUUCAAACUCUACCUCAAAUGAGUCCGUGGUGUAUGAAGCUCCUUGCUUCCUUCAUGACACGGAUUUAGUUCGCGUUUUGCGCGUCGCUCCGUUUGCACCGAUCGCGUUUUUCGCGAUAACAGGUAACCCUCUGGUGCUGGCGGUUGUCUGGAGAAAGAAAACAAUGAGAAAAACCAUCAACUUCUUCAUUGCCAACAUGGCGUUGAGCGAUUUAAUCUUCACUUUGGUUUACAUUCCCCGGAUUGUCACCAUCCUAUCUCUUGGAUACAAGUGGCUCGUUCAUGGUUUACUGGGCUUGAUAUUUUGCCAUAUGGUAUCAUCUCUCAUUGAAAUAACGGUCAUCGUUUCCGUCCUAACGAUCGUUGCGAUAAGCGUGGAACGUUUUCUGGCCGUAACGUCCCCGUUACGAGCGUUCGUUAUCUCCGCCGCGUGGCUGAUCGCGAUAAGUGUGAAAAUCCCGACUCUUUUUGCGUCAAGCUUGGAUGAAUUCCAAGGGAAAACGUAUUGCAUUGUCGACUUCGAUGUAACUUUUGGUGCAGGCUCAGGGCAGAUCUACUUCAAGUUUGUAUUCAUAGCUUUAUAUGCGAUACCCUUCUUAGUCACUGUGCUUUUAAACUCUGCGAUUGUUGUUACGAUGCUCAAAAGGAGAGUCCCAGGAUACUCGCUUUCAGAAGCUUGUAACAGACAAAGGGAAGAAACUAACCGUCGCGUGAUGAGAAUGGUUCUUGUUGUAGUAUUAGCGUUUCUAUUAUGCUGGUCGCUGUAUUUCGUCUUGAUGGUGUUGCGUAAAAAUGGCCUGCACGUUCCCUGUGAUGUUCUGUACUUGAGGUUGCUGCUGGCUCACUUCAACGCCGCGCUCACUCCCUGGUUGUACGCGAUGUUUAGCGAAAAUUUCCGCCAAGGAUUUGAAGAUAUUUUGUCCAAGCUGGGACGUCUGGUUCUUUUCGCUCGUCAGAGUGACUCUGUGCAAUGUACCUCUACCACGAGUGGUAGACAAAAUUCUGCGGUAGAUAAUUUUGAGGCAUGUUUUGAACUUAAGACUUUGGGAUCUCCCCACACCGGCUCAACUGCGCAGUUGCUGGACUGA